GCCCCCACGGGAGUGCCUAUGCAGGAGAUGGAGAGGCCCAGAGAGCAGAGCCUCAGAUCAGCCUGCCAUCCCGGCACCUCCCCAGGACUCGGACUGGCAGCUCCACCGCUCCUCCGCUGAACCCAGGAAGCCGCCGCGCCGCCUGAGAAGAGAGAGAGAGAGAGAGGGGGAGGGCUGAGGAGCCCCCGGUUGUCAACAGAAAGAGAAGGAAAGAAGGGAGGAGGCGUCUUGUUUGGCCUCAGCCAGGGGUCAGGGAGAAAGAGAGAGGAAUUGUCUCUCUCUUUUUAAAAAGAGAAAGUCUCUCCUAUUCUCUCCCAAACUCACUUCAACCCCCCUCCCCGUCUAACUCCCCCCCCACCACCACCCCCACCACCUCCCCCCGUGUCCGUCUAGAACCCUCUCAAACCAUGAGGCUCACCGCGGCCCUCUGCCCGCCUUCUGGCCUGCUACUGGUUCUGGUCUUCUGCCCCCUGGUGGCGGUGCUGCAGCCUGGCGGCAACAAGGCUGAGGGUGCGCACUCUCUCCUGGGAGACACAGACCCAGACCGCUGCAUGAGGCAUCACUUUGUGGAGACCAUAACCCACCCCAUCUACAAGUGCAACUCCAAGAUGGUGUUGCUGGCUCGCUGCGAGGGCCACUGCAGCCACACGUCUCGCUCGGACCCCCUCAUCUCCUUCAGCUCCGUGCUGAAGCAGCCCUUCAAGAGCACCUGCUACUGCUGCCGGCCCCACACCUCCAAGCUGAAGGCGGUGCGCCUGCGCUGCUCGGGGGGCACCCGCAUCACGGCCACCUACAGGUACAUCCUGGCCUGCACCUGCGAGGAGUGGCAGCUGAGCACCCCGAGAGAACCCCCCUCAGAACGGCUGGAACUCUAG